GAAAGCCUGUUUCUGUUCUCCGUGUUCGGCGCUGUUUCCAGCAAAUUAACAAUAAAACUGCGUUAUGGACCGAAAACUGGAGUCGACUAAGCUUCUCCAGAGAAUCCUGAACAUUGCAGUAUUUUAUUUAGUGAAAAAACAAAACGAAUAUCCCCAAAUUAAAAAGCGAAUACCUACCCAACGAACGAAUAUCAGAAGAGUCGAAUAUUCGAGUCCAGCCCGUUUGAUAGGGUUCUUUUAUAGCACCGUUUUAAAAAGGGUUCUAUUUAGCACCAAGAAGGGUUUUUGUAUUUACAGUAAAACUUGUAACAAUAGAAGAACCAUUUUUGAUUCUUUUAGAACUGUUUAUAGAAAUAAUUUAAUUUAAAGCAUGAAGUGGUUCUAUAUAGAACUCGUGGUUCUAAACAGAACCACCACAAUCCAGACUCCAUACAAAACACUUUUUAAUAUCUCUGCACAUUAAUACAGAAUUUAGCUGAUCAGAAUUCAGUCAGUAUGGAAUGCAGUUCAGCCAAUCAGGUUUCAGAACAGGGACUAUCAGUUUUAUUAAUGUUCUGAUUGGUGGAGAUCUUGAUUUUAGGUUUGCUGUUAAUUACCAGCUAAUGACGGUGGCUUAUGGUGAAAACUUGUUAGAUUUAUAUCCUUAAUAAGAAUGUAAAUUAGAUAUGUUUGUUAUUAUAUGUUACGAGACGCUGUUAAGUUCUGAGAUUAUGUGAAUACCAUAAAUAAAUAGACAGUAAUUCUGUAAUUAAAUACAUUCUAGAAGGAAAAUACAGAAAUAAACGCUUUAUUUCAUUGUUUUUGUUUUUCUGCAACAGGCUGGAGACUCUACGUCAAAAACGUCAAGGUUCAAAGUGACUCUUUGACAUUUGUCAUGACGAAGAAGAGAGCGAAAAGUAAAUGUUGUCCAUUUAUCUGCUGCGCUGCAGUGGAGGAUGACAUUGAAGUGCCCCAAGAAUCCCAUUUGCCUGCCUUUAGAAAGAAGGCAGGGGCAGCAUCCAUGGCACAGCUGGCAAACAGGCUGGAUUUGAACAAUCCAGAUGAGGAGACGAUGGUGGAUCCAGAUUUGGAUUCGGACACAGAGGUGACCGUCAUCUUCCAAAGGCCAAUAGAAAGCAUCUCUGGAAUGGAUAAGCAGAUUGUCCAGAUGCAGAGUGCAGUGAAAUGCUCGUACAUGGAGAGCAGCACUGACGGUCCGGCUGUUAGAACGUGCCUCAGGGAAUUAUUUGACAUCACCAAAGGCACCUAUUUCAGCAACAUCCAUGAUGAGGUCAUCAGAUCCAUGACUUUCAUGGUGCCUCAAGAGAUGCAGGCCUCUGUGAACGUUCAUACAACUUUCAGCCUCAUCUCCAGUAUUUAUGAAGAUGUGCUGAAAAAGAUGAACUCUGCACUUCUGGAGACAGAUGUUUUGACUGGGUCAUGGAUAGAUUCUGUUGUCCCUCAAAUCACGGAUAUGGCCAAAACCCUCCUGUCUUCAACUAUGAAGAAGCUGCAGGACUUUUUGGAGAUCUGUAAAGUGUGCGACUGGUUGAGAGCAUCUCGAGGGUCUCCCGUCGACAUACUCGACGAGCUGGAUGCAGUGGUGCCCACUCUAACCAGGAAGGUGGUGGGAGCUGCUUUUCAGUCUCUGCUGGGCAUCAGCUCUGAGGGGACAUCAAAAGAUGUGAUGGACUGUGGGUCAGAUACACCCCUAAUCAAAUUUCUUCAGGCUGUGGCUGACAAAAUUGAGUCAGAGAUUUCCUCUGAAUCAGCCACGCCAAAGCAGUCGAGCUGUCCAUCUGAUUCCAGUGUGGUUGAUGAACUGCCUUCCUCUCAGGGUCGAAAUGAUUUUGAAAGAAAAGAAAGAUGUGAAGUGGCCACCUGUUCCGUCGUGACAGAGAAGCUCCUGAGCUCUCAUCGCCCUCGCAGUGAGAGAGUUUUAGAGAGCAUUAUCUUCAACAAGUUAAAUCAGAACAGUGACACAGACUCCACUGAGAGAGACACAGAGAGGCUCUUCAGACUCUCCGUUAACGGUUUCCUGGUCGAGUCGUCCAAAAUGGUCCACCACAUCAUUAAAAACGAGACCACAGAGAUGGCCAGGACUUCUCCUGUGUUCGACUCCACGCUGGAAAGCAGCAUGUUAGCUGCAGCCUCUGGAGUCGUGAGUGCUCUGGUAUCUGACCUAAAGAGCACCUUCCAGGAGGACUUUAAGUUGGCGGAUCCUUCACUUGAUCCAACACUGUACACCACCCAAAUCCAGAUGGUGUCUGAUAAAGUCCUGGAAUCCAUCCAAUCUAAGCUGAAGGAAGUGCUCAUCAUAUAUAUCUUCAUGAGAGUAAAUGGAGUCAUGAAGACCACAUAUGAUGCCCAGCUAAGAUCCAGCCUCCUGACAGCCUCUAGGGAGACACUGAAGAUCAUCAUCGAGGCCAUCAUGGCAAUUCUACGACGGUUCAAUGUGGCAGACUCUAUAUUCCUGUACAGACGAUUUCUGUGGAAUCUGCAGGAAUGUCUGAUCCAACCUUCACCGUCAGAAUCCAGUGAUGUGUCCAGUGAGGAUAGCUUCGAUGAAGAGCUGUACUGCCGGCCCCGGUUUCCUAAGAUUAGACUUCCAAAGCUCAGAUUUAAGAAACAGAAAAACAGGAUGGAAGCCACGACUGUUCUCGCUGAAGACCAGACCCAGAAUCAACCUCUUCCAACUGAAAAGCCAUCGAACGGUCCCACUUCAUCUGCGGCCGUCCCAAAGAGAAAGACCUUCUUCUCUAGAGUUUCUGCCGCUUUCUGCAGGGUCUUUCGGAAAGGAGCCAAGACAUCGGCUUAAACACACCAGCUGCCGAUGUAGGACACUUCCACCAAUGUUUUCCAAGUUUCUGUAUAAUUAGUGUUUAAGGUGUAAACAGUGUCAUUCAGAGUGGUUUGAUGUGAAAUGGUUCAUUGUAGAGAAACUUUCAGUUAGAAUUAUUCAUAGUGGUGGUGAUGGGAACCAAACCAAAGAGUUCACUGUCUCUAAAAGCUCCCUUGUAGAAAGAAAUUACAUUUAAUGGUUAUGAACUCGCCGACUGAAGCCUCUGACAUUGUUUUAUGAUAAUGUUGAGAUGCUUUUUAAAACGCAUUCACGGCAGACAGGGAAAUGCAGGGUGAAACACCCCAAAUAAAACAUUAUACCAUCAUUAUGCAUUUGGCCAACAUUACAUAUCGUUUAGGUUUGCUUUUUGUUUUGGACACAAAACAAAAAUAGCUGUGUUUGCCCUGCAGAUGUUGUGACCCCUGUUUACGAUCAUCACCACUGUAAAGAAAUCUGAGUCAGGAAUUUUCUCUACAAUUAACUGUUCCACUUUGAUUCUUUCUGAAUGCCUCAGUUUACAUCUCAAUGAUUGAAUUAUGCAAAUGUUGACAAUUUGAUGUUAUUCCACCAGGAUAUCCAAAACUGAAAAUAAAAAAAGUAGAAAAAGCA